ACUUUUUUUAUACAAAUGGCAACCCAAAUUCCAACGAAAAAUUAAAAAAUAUUGCUACACGUCAUCUGGCGACUGUCAAACAGUUUUACGCGAGGGUUUUCUUAUUUUUAAUGCAAAUUGGUCUGUUUUGAACAAUAACAAAAUGGUGCUAAUAGCAGCUACAGUAUGCACAAAGUCAGGGAAAGCGCUAGUGUCACGACAGUUUGUGGAAAUGACGAAGGCGCGGAUAGAGGGACUGCUGGCAGCCUUCCCCAAGCUUAUGACUGGAGGCCGUCAACACACCUUCGUCGAGACUGAGUCAGUCAGAUAUGUGUACCAGCCACUCGACAAGCUGUACAUGCUGCUCAUCACCACAAAGGCCAGCAACAUCCUUGAGGACCUGGAGACGCUCCGCCUCUUCAGCCGUGUGGUACCUGAAUACUGCACCCAGUUGACUGAAACGGAGGUGUUGAACCAGGCCUUCAACCUACUCUUUGCCUUCGAUGAGAUUGUAGCUCUCGGGUACAGGGAGAGUGUCAACUUGGCACAGGUUCGUUCAUUUGUGGAGAUGGACUCUCACGAAGAAAAGAUUUACCAAGCUGUUAGACAGACCCAAGAGCGAGAGGCGGCCAACCGCAUGCGCGAGCGAGCCAAGGAGCUGCAGCGAGAGAGGCUCGAAGCCGCCAAGAGGGGCGGCGCGCCGCGCAGCACCAUGGCCUUUGGUAGCGGUGGUUUCGGCAACCAGUCCAUGUCUUCAGCGGCAGGAGUUGAACCCAUCGCGGAGAAGAUUCCCACCACGCCGGCUAGGGACACUCGUCCAGCAACCCGUUCGGCCAUGAAGCUGGGCUCGCGCGGCGCGGACGCCGAGUCCUUCGUGUCCAAGCUGCGCAGCGAGGGCGACGCCGCCGCCGCAGUUACCCCCACUACUCAAGCCGACGUCAAACCUGGGGCUUUACCGGCGCCUGACCAGAAAGAUGUCCACCUGAGAUUUGAGGAAAGGCUGAACCUGGUGGCCGGACGCGACGGCGACAUACAGAGUUUCGAACUCUCUGGUCUACUGACACUGCGCAUCAGCAACGAGCAAUUCGGUCGCAUACACGUGCACGUCGAUAACAAGGACACCAGGCCUUUGCAGUUACAGACUCACCCCAACGUCGACAAAGAGGCGUUCCGCUCCAGCGGCGUCAUCGGCCUGAAGCAGGCGCAGCGCCCCUUCCCGCUGCACUCCGACGUCGGCGUGCUCAAGUGGCGGCUCGCCACCGCCGACGACAAGCUUGCUCCUAUCUCAGUGAACUGCUGGCCGUCCGAGGGCGCCAACGGCGGCUGUGACGUCAACAUCGAGUACGAGCUCGAGCAGGACCACCUUACCCUACAAGACGUCACCAUCAACAUUCCUCUGCCAACCGGGAACAGUUCUGUGGUAGUCCACCAAUGGGAGGGCAGCUACGCGCAGAAAGGCCGCAACUUGAUCUGGAGCAUCCCACUUAUCGACAGGCAGCAUAAGUCAGGCAGUCUAGAGUUUACCGUGACCCCGGCGAUCCCCAACGACUUCUUCCCGCUGGCCGUGUCGUGGAGCUCCGCCAGCACGCUGGCGCUGCUGAGCGCUACCGGCGUGACGCAGGCGGCCGACGGCUCGCCCGUCGACUAUUCGCAGGAGAUAAGCUUCCAUCCCGACAAGUAUGAGAUCGUCUAGGUGCGUCGUUAGACCCAAUGGCAGUUAGGCAAACUCGUAGUGGCCAUGGUUGUGUGUGAAAGCUGUCUUUCGAUCAUUGUUGCUACUUACAUAAAACCCAUGUAUCAUGGUUAUUAUGGGUUUGUAUAACGGCUGAAAGCUUGCUCGUAGACUUCUUAGGAGAUAAGCUUCCAUCCCGACGAGUAUGAGACUGUCUAGGUAGGUUGUUAUGCCCAAUGGCAGUUCUGCAAGCUAAUACUAACCAUGAGAUUCUUGUAUGAAGCUGACUUCGUUCGUUGUUUCUUUGAUAAAACACAUCAAUCUCGAUGUGUUUAAAACGUAUUGUUCAUUAUCAUGGCUAUUAUGUGUUUCCUCGUGUUAUACAGAGUUGGAUAGAAAUUAAAUAACACACAUUUAAAUUAAGUUAAAAUUGUUUAUUCAUUUAUUUUAUUGUAGUUACAAUUUUAUUUUCGUAUAAGUGAGGACACUUUGUAAAACAUUGGUAACUUAUGUUUUAGUUACAAAAAGUAUUAUAAAAUGUGUGAAUUCUACUGAAAUGGCAAGAAUGUCUACUUUUUCUAAUAUGAUCGAUACCUU